AUGGCAGAAAGACAUACCGUUUCAAAAGUGCUCUUUGCACUCUUCCGUCUCGGAGAGUUCAUCUGUGCUGUUAUAGUGUUAGGCAUCCUCAGCCGAUUCACCUACUUGGCUAAUCUUGCUCACGUCAAUAUCGAUGGCCGUAUCAUCUACACUAUGGUCACUGCUUGCCUUGGUAUUGUGUACACGAUCCUUCUAUGCAUCCCCAUCGGUCCUCUCGUUAUUACCUUCCCAUUCGACGCUGUUAUGUUCAUCAUGUGGCUCGUGGCUUUUUGCCUCUUGGAAAGUCGAACCGGCAUCCACGCUUGCGGUUCCACGUGGUACAACAAUUAUUGGGGAUACUACUGGGGUCGAUGGUGGCGUACUGGCCCAGUCGGAGUUGUGGGUGUCAAUAAUGCUGGCUGCUCGGAUUAUAGGACGGUUCUGGCAUUUUCAUUCAUUGCCAGUAUGCUCCAUAUUGGCAGUACCCUUCUGGGUGGACGCCUCUAUCGGGCAUGGAGAAAUCGCGACCGAAAUGAGGUCUCUGACGCGCAUGACGAGAAGCAUCGACAUUUCUCCAGGCUCAGGGGUCACAAAGCCGAACCCACAAAUGCGCCAACCCCUGUUGCGGUUUAG